AUGUUCAUGGGCACCAAAGUCCAUUUCGACCACACUCCUAGCGCAGUCAUUGAGGGGCGUUUCAGAGACGACGUCCAGUAUUUACUACAGAAGUUAGCUGGCUUCCUUAGCGAUCACGAUGGCAGCGCCGAGACCACCACCGGAGAGACUGAGAUCACCACUGUGUUAGGCGCCCCGCGUCUCAUAGAAUUCGGGAAGCUGUUUCGACGUGCCCCCCAGCCGCCCAGGAAAUCAGACUAUUGGAUUGACCACGAGCGCCUCAGUGAACUAGCUGCUUCGGUCUGGGUGAAGCAGGCGUUUUAA